AUGGGCACAUGCACCAGCUGCCUUGGGCUGCGCGAGAAGCUGGUGGAUACUAAUGACCCUUCUGAGCGUGUGGAAUUCCUGCCGCAGAGCCAAGAAAGCAAACCGAGAAGCGGCUCAGAGAAGCUGCAAGGUGAGGAUGAAGAGGAAGAAGAGUUCAAACUGAUCACAUUCAACACGACGCUGGAAUUUCGCAGAGUCCGCUCAAACAGCAAGAGGCGUUGCAACAGUGCACCGGCAAAGCUUCUGGAGCAUGAGCACGUCCUCACACAGGAGGAGAUUGGCCCUGAGGAGAAGCCUCCAGAGACACCUACAAAGCAGGGCUUGGAGGUAGAGCGGGGUGAAGAAGACCAACGUGUAGUCCCGCGGGAGCUGGAUGGAGAGGAGGAAGGCCACAUGGUGCACAUCCUGAACCAUCCUUGCGAUGAUGCUUUCGAGCCCCAACCAUUUACCUUUGAAAUGGUUGCGGGGAUGACGGCCGCAAGGCGUUUGCGGAUCUGGCAAACGGUUCCAGAUCGACCGCACGCCUGUGGGAACACCUGCACUGCCUGUUGCUCCCUCUUCAAUGCAGCAUGGAGGCUAGCAACCAUGCACCCCUUCCCGGUUGGGCGGCAGCCGGGCCAUCCUUCCGCAGGCAAGGAUCUGGAGGUCCCGGACGACCUACCGGAACAUUCCAUCUACAUCAACGAGUGCUCCUUGAGGAAGGAGGACCUGAAGGCGCUCCUUAUUGGCGUGGCCCCCGAAGAACGUCAAGAGACCCUGGGCGAAGGUUUCGAAGACGAGUUGGACCAGACAUUCUCAGAGAUGGAUCAAGCCCGUCUCAUAGACAGCGUGGAUGGUUUCAAGGCGAUGCUGCUUGCGAAGUAUGGUAGCUUCUUCGCAGCUUGGGUCUACGCGCUUGACAGGGAGAGGAAUGGUUUCGUGGCCAAGCAGGACUUCGCUCUCAUCUGCCGACGCCUGGGCGUCCAGAGGGUUUCUUACCUGUGGCGUGAGUUCAUGCAAGACCAGAAGGGUGGAAUCUUGACCCUGCAGAUUUUCGACCUGGAGACUGCGCAGUCUUGGUCCGAGCUGCACCACUUGCUCCUAGAGGCCUCGGCGGCAAAACAGCAGUCGAAGGAUGCUACAGCACCGGCCAUCGUCCAGGCUCCCCACGAAGCGGAGGCCGAAGCUGCUGAGGAUCCUCCCCCGGAUCCUACGGCUGAUGGGGUCGGCAGCCCUGACGGAGAUGGCCACCAUGACGUGUCCGACAGACCUGAAGAAGCCCAGCCGCUCGACUUGGCGAGCACGCCCGCACCUGCUAGCAGGCCGUCGCCACUUCCCAGUCUCAAGGAUGGUUGGAGAGCAGCAUUUGAUCCAGGGCACAUUCGGCGUGUGGGCAGGCAGCGCUUCUUCGAAGGUUGCAAGUCGCUAGGCUACUCCAAGGACGCCAAUCGCCUCUUCGAUCUCUUGCGCCCGGAUCCCUUCCGGGAAUAUCUCAUUUUCGAGGACAUCGUUGGAGACAUCAACCCCAACGACUUCAACCUGCGCCUGAACCCAGAUGGUAUUCCAUUUGCGAAGGACCGAUACCGCAGUCUCGAGACAGAGGAAGGCAAGAAAU